AUUGUCAGAGAGCAAGUGCCAAAAAAAUGUCAAGUUAGUGGUUUCAUCACAGAAGCUGAGCGAACAGGUAACUGAGGGGUGCAGAAUGAAUCAUGUUUGGCAGGCAAAACAUGAAAAUGCAGUAACCCCAAAAGAUCCCAUUCCUUGAAACAAGUCUCAUUCCCUGUAUAAAAAGCCAGUUGGCUUGGGAGACCAUGCCAGAUCCAAGUGAUCACAUAACCUGCUCUGCUCUGCGAACCAGUCCAGCCUCUUUUGAAGCAUGAGUUCCCACCAGCAGAAGCAGCCCUGCAUCCCACCCCCUGAGCCUCAGCAGCAGCAGGUGAAACAGCCCUGCCAGCCUCCACCCCAGGAGCCAUGUGUCUCCCAAACCAAGGAGCCAUGCCACACCAAAGUGCCAGAGCCCUGUCACCCCAGGUUUCCAAAGCCCUGUCACCCCAAUGUUCAAGAGCCCUGCCCCUCAAUGGUCACGCCAGUGCCAGCUCAACAGAAGACAAAGCAGAAGUAAUGUGGUGUACAGCCAAGCCCUAGAAGAACCAACCACCGGAUGCUGACCUCCCUCUCCCGUUCUGAUUAUCAGUCCAUUUGCCUUAUAAUUAGCAUGCUGUCACCCUGAGUCACAGACCUUCUUAAUUUACACUCUAAAAACAUGUGCUGUGAAGAUUUCCUUCCCAAACACACUGGGCCUCUAAGCCUCUGAAUUGCGCUGAAGUUCUGGGUACCUUAGAACCUUAGCUAUGGACUGCUCAGGAUUCAUCUGAAGAGGGACUUAAGGUGAAAACAGGUGGAUCAGCUUUGUUCU